UUAAAUACAAAAGACAUGGCCAUGCAUCAUCAUCAUCCGCCAUUGCCAGUGAUGAACACGGAAAUGCAGCAGCAACAGCAGCAGCAGCAGCCUCAGCAUAGACGACGCAAGAAGCGUCCUAACUAUGGAACGCGCACUGUGGAAGUGCGUCGAGGCUACAAUGGAUUUGGUUUUACUAUAUCAGGCCAACAGCCUUGUCGCUUAUCCUGCAUCAUACCCAAAUCGCCAGCUGAGCAAGCAGGUUUGCGUGCUGGCGAUUUUCUCAUAUCGGUAAAUGGGCUGAACGUCUCCAAGCUGCCACACGAGACGGUGGUGCAGUUAAUAGGCAACUCGUUUGGCAGCAUACGCAUGCAAAUAGCGGAGAACUACUACUCGGACAGCUCGGACGAGGAGAAUGCCAACAACACGCUUCUGAUGCAGCGCAGUGCGCGUGGCCAGCUCUUCACUGCCAGCUUGGGUGCCAGUGUGCGUAGCAAGCCGCGCUUUCAGCAUCACAAGGCCAAGAUGCAUCGACUGCGCAACUCGCCGCAGAAGAAACCGCCGGCAGCAGCAGCAGCAGCGCCGGUGGCAGUAGCUGAACCCGCUAUGUUGCAACCAGUGCUGGAGGAUGCGCCGUACAAGAGCGCCGAUGUGGCUAAUGUUAGCGCCAUGGUGCGUGCUGUGGGCAGCGCUGCGCUGGAGUAUCGCGUUAUUGUUGGCUAUCUGGGCACCAUUGAGAUGCCCAAGCAAAUCUCGCACAGCUCCAAGCUGCAGACAGUGCGCUCCUGCAUACGCAAGCUGCGCCAGGAGAAGCGCCAGCCCACAAUUGUGCUCAUGUGCAUUACGCCCGACUGUCUGCGCCUGCAGAGCGCCAGCGGCGGCAUCUUGGCCACCUACAGCUCGUCACGGCUCAACUAUGUGAGCUCCUCGUCGGAGAGCGAGAAUCGCUUCUUUGGACUGGUGACGAGUGCUGUUCACAAUACGCAAAUCGAUGAGGAUUACGAAGUGGAGGACAAGCAAUACGCAGGGGGCAGUAGCGCACACAUUAGCAUCUCGCACAGCUGCCAUGUCUUUGUUAUUGACACCAAGCUCAUAGAUCAUUGCCAGCAUCUGGCACGCGCGCAGGAGUAUCGACUGGAGUGCACCAAAGAUCCCAUCUCGAAUUUGUGCCUGGAGUUUCCCAACAACUCGGAGUAUGUGGUCAAUCUUAUACGCAGCAUGUACACCAUGCGCAUCCUGCCGCCCGCCAGUCGCAGCCACCAGCAGCAGGACUAUGAAGCUGCAGCGGCUGCGCAUUCGCCGCAGCCUUCAAAUCACAGCGAGAUAUCCACCACCACUUCCAACUCGGACUCGGGCAUUGGCUUCAACAACGACUGCACCAACAUAUCGGAUCGCAUUUUGGUUGUGGAUUUUGCUGCUGCUGCUGCUGCAGUUGGUCCUCCGUUAAUGGCGCCCAGUGCGCCACGCCCACUGGGUAUUGUAGGCAUGCCGGACAAUCGUUUAACUGUGCGCGCUAUGCCAGAUCCCAGUCCUAACGGCAAGACGCCCUCACUGCGUCGUCCCAAUUUGCUGGCGAGCUUCAAUCUGCUCAAGAGUCCAGCUACCAAUUUGAGCGGCACACGCUCCUGCGACGAUGUGCUGAAUCUUUUGACUGACGAGCAGCCGCUGCUAAUGGGCGCCGCCUCCAUGGACGACAUUUCGCUGCACUCCACUGCGCUGUCACAGGAGGAAGCUUACAUGUUUGUGCCGCCAACUUGUGUGCCCAGAAAGGUGCGUCGCUCACUACAGCCGCCUAUGAGCAACACGCCCAGCAAGCUUAGCGCCCAAGUCUUUGGCAAGCCGCGCUCACGCCAGUCGCUUACGUUUGAGGCCAUCAAUAGCCAUGUGCCCAGCAGCACAAGCUUGGUGCAGCCCAUGGACACUUGGGCCAGCCUACAGAAUCUCUACAAGCUGGGCAAGGCUACAGCAGCACAGCACACAUGCGCAGCCAGUCAAUGCCAGAUAGAAGCUACCAACAGUGAACCAGAUCUUGGGAAUCGUGCACUGCCCGCCAAUGCAUCGCCCUUUAGACGCGCCUGGGGACAGUCAUCGUUUCGCACUCCUCGCAGCGACAAGUUGGCGACAGCACAGCAAAUGCCGGACAAAGCGGACGGCACAAGUCCAAGAGUACGCCGUACAGCCUCGAUGACUUCGGCGGACAACAAUGAUGUGUAUACCAAGAGCUUUCCCAGCGAUGAGCUCAAGUCAGCGAAGCAAACAAAAGCGACGCAGCCACAGCCACUGGCGCUGUUCCAUGUGCCGCAUAUAUUCACCACACCUGCGCCGCCGUCCAGUGUAAUGGCCACAGCUGCAACAGCAGCGCAUGCUGAGGAUGUGGAGGUCACAGGUCCCAGCAGCUGGGGCAACUCAUUUGAGCGCAUGUUGCAAGAUGCUGCCGGCAUGCAAACCUUUGCCGAGUUUCUCAAAAAGGAGUUCUCAGCUGAGAAUAUUUACUUUUGGACUGCCUGUGAGCGCUACCGCCAGCAGGAAUCGGAGCCGGAGCGCAUUGCCUUGGCGCGUGAAAUCUACAGCAAGCAUUUGGCCAACAGCAGCAGCGAUCCCGUCAAUGUGGACUCCCAAGCGCGCAAUCUGGGCGAUGAGAAGCUAAACAGCGGCGCCACUGACAUUUUUGCGCCAGCUCAAAAGCAAAUCUUUAAUCUAAUGAAAUUCGACAGCUAUCAGCGCUUCAUACGCUCUGAACUUUACAAAAGCUGCGUGGACGCGGAGCAAAAGCGUCAGCCAUUGCCCUACACAGGCGCCGAUCUGGACGAGCUGCUGAAGACAAAUUUUCACAUCGUAGCCUCGCCUAAGCUCAAGAAGUCAGCCAGCAAUGCGGAGGAUCGGCGGCGCAAGAGUUUGUUGCCCUGGCAUCGCAAGACGCGCAGCAAGUCACGUGAUCGCAGCGAAGUGAUGGCGGAUUUGCAGCAGGGCAUGUUGCAAGCGCCACAGGGCACAUCGCAGCCUUUGUUGGCUUUGUUAGGCGGUCCCUGCUCGGUGCAGAAUUCACUAAGUGACUUGCACAGCUCGCGCUCUUCGUUGUCCUCCUUUGAUGCAGCUCCAGCUGCAAGUGCAGAAAGCGCCUGCAACUUGUGCCGCGUUAUACUGACCGAUGGUGCCACCACAAUUGUGCAGACUAGACCUGGCGAAACAGUAGCACAGCUGGUGGAGCGUCUGCUGGAGAAGCGCAAUCUGGUUUAUCCCUACUAUGAUGUUGUCUUUCAAGGCAGCACCAAGUCCAUAGACACGCAGCAGUCGGCGCAGCUGUUGGCCGGCAAGGAGGUGCUGAUUGAGCGCCGUGUUGUCUUCAAGCUGGACUUGCCCGAUCCCAAGGUUAUCUCGGUUAAGAGCAAGCCCAAGAAGCAGCUGCAUGAAGUCAUCCGACCCAUACUGCAUAAGUAUAACUAUCAAAUGGAAUGCGUGCAUGUGCUGCUGCGUGAAACACAAACGCCGCUGGAUCUAAUGCAGCCAGUGACAGUAGCCGAUGGACAGCGGCUGCAAAUCUCACUGCGUCAGCCUACAAAGCCGCAAAGCAGAUCCCUCAUCGAGGCAGCUGCAGCGCAGGGUCAUCUAGAUGAGCUAACGAACAAAGUGUUUAAUGAGCUGCUGCAAAGCAAAGCAGAUGCAGCUGCCUGCCAUAAGCCAAGUGAUGUUUGCUCCAUGAAAUCCAAUGAAUUGCGUUCCGAAAGCUCCUCCUCGCUCUUGGAGCGCAUGCGCCGCCAGCAGCAGCAGCAACAGCAGCGCGACAACAGCAACAUUCCUGGCAGCAAGCUGCCCAAGCUGAAAAAGAAAUCAACCAGCAGUGAACAUUCCGAGGAAACAGCCACAGCGGCAGCCAGCAUGGAUCCCAAGAAGCCCAUCAUAGCCAAACUUAAGGCCGGCGUCAAGCUGCAGUCAACAGAGCGAGUAGCGGAGCAUCAAGAUGAACUACUCGAAGGCUUGAAGCGUGCGCAGCUGGCGCGUCUUGAGGAUCAGCGUGGCACUGAAAUCAAUUUCGAUUUGCCGGACUUUUUGAAGAACAAGGAGAAUCUCAAUGCGGCUGCCUCCAAGUUGCGCAAAGUGCGUGCCAAUCUGAGUCCCGUCAGCAAGGCCAGCAGCCCUAGUGCAGAUGCUGCUGCACCACAAGCAGCACCGCGGCUUUCAAUUACGCGCAGCCAAUCGAGCAGCGUUUCACCCAUGAAAGUUGAUGUAGAGCAAGAGACUGAACUGCCCAUGUCCAUGUCAAUGGUGUCGCCCACAAUUAAGGCACAGGACUUACAGGAAAUUGCCAAAGCGCCGCCACCACUCCCGCCCAAGCCCAAAGUGUUGCCCAUCAAGCCAUCAAACUGGGGUGCAGCCGCCACAACGUCAAUCACUGGCAAUUACAGCAACAGAUUCUCGCCCGUUAAGCCAGCAACAACGCCAACAGCAUCAGCAGCAGCAGCAAUAUCGCCCACAGCAGCAUCAGCAACAGCAAGCGGAUCUUUCGUAACCAAAUUGCCUAAAUCCUUGGAGCAAACAGGCUCACGUUGCGCUUAUCUCGAUGAGCCCAGUAGCAGCUUUGUUUAGUAAUUUAGUAGCUUUCUUAACUAAACUAAGUGUGAAUUUUGUAUAUAGUAUGGGGUACUAAAAUGUAUUCCUUGACAUAAACAGUUGGCACAAAGGGUAUGUGGGGACUCUGUUUAUAUUUAUAAUUAGCCGUACUAAGCUUUAACUUUUAAUGCUAUUUGUAUUAACAAUUUUAUUAUA